AGGGGAUGCAGCUUCGGCAUUACAGGCAUCGGCAGCAGCAGCGGGCACCGGCUACAACACAUCCGCUCACCAAGCACCGGCAGCAAUCCGCGCAUCUUACUGAGCGUCAACACGCGCACAAUUAAUAAGCCCUUAAUAAAUACAUUAAAGAAGCGAGCACCUUGUCAAGUGCAACUGGAAGCACCGAGAUGCUGCGCGGCUCGUUCUGAGGAGAUGGACACCUACUGACAUUCUUAUUUGUUCCUGUUUGGAGUCUUUGCAGACACAGCCUGUGCGUGCACAUUAUCCAUAUAUUUAUUUAUUUCGUGCUGGCAGCAUCAGCACCGCUGCCUGGUGCUCGUGUGAUACAGCAUCUCGGCGGGAGGCACCGGGGAGCCCUUUAAUGGAGGCAGCCUGAAGAGUGAGCCAGUGCACAGGGUGUCGAUUUAAUGCAGCCUCAUUGUACACGGGGUGCCCCCAUCCACGCACCUGUGAUGAAGAUUGAGGUGGUGGGCAAACGUUAAAGGGGGCGGCUGGGGUGUAAUAGAGCUAGAGUUGUGGGGUGGGGGGUUAUUUUUUUCCUCCCCUCUGUUAUCUUUUUUUGUGGGGAGGGGGGUGAGAGAAGAAAAGGGGGUGACUGCAGAGAAAAAAAAACGGGGGAGGGGGGAAAGAAAUGGAUGAAGAUAAUGUGUCCAGCGGUGAUAAGCAGCCCCUGAGUGCGCAGAAAGCCCUGCAGCAGUGCGAAAUGGUCCAGAACAUGAUAGACAUCAGCAUCUCUAACCUGGAGGGUCUCAGGACCAAAUGUGCGACCUCCAACGACUUGACACAGAAGGAGAUCAGGACACUAGAGAGCAAGUUGGUGAAAUACUUCAGCCGCCAGCUGUCUUGCAAGAGGAAGGUGGCUUUGCAGGAACGUAAUGCUGAACUGGAAGGAUUUCCACAGCUUAUGCAUUGGUUUAGGAUCGUCAGCAUCCGCAAGGAAGUGACAGAGGAAAUUGACCCGGGGCAACUGUCCUUGGAAGAGCUGAUGGACAUGAGUGAUAAGCAGGUGUGUGAGACCCUGGAGAAGUUUGGUGCCAACAGUGAGGAAUGUGACCGUUUAAAUGCUUCCCUCUCCUGUCUGCGCAGUGUUUACAAAUCAGGAAGCAGUCUUUCUAAAGAAGACUGGGCUAUUCCAUGGCCUGCCACAGAGACAGGGAAAGAAAAUAACCCCAUCACCCAGCAAGAGACUGCCCAGUGGAUCCGAACACAUCUUUCACAGAGCCCCAAAGUCCAGUCAAAAUGUAUUCAGCACUACUGCCAUUUGCCGGUGGCUCAUGGAUCCAUGUACAGUAAUGUAGAUAGAUUGGCUGUUGAAUCGUACCCAGGAAUGUGCCAACCUUCAGAGACUGGGCACCGUUCACUGCCGCCAUCCCCACGUCAACGGCACACGGUGCACAGCAACCCACCACCACGAACUCCUAACAUAGUCACCACCAUGACCCCUCCUGGCACACCUCCUGUAAGACGAAAAAACAAGCUGAAGCCACCAGGCACCCCACCCCCUUCAUCCAGGAAACUCAUUCACCUAAUUCCAGGAUUUACCUCCCUGCAUCGGAGCAAGUCACACGAAUUCCAAGUGGGUCAUCGUGUGGAUGAGUCCCACACUCCCAAAACAAAGAAAAAGAACAAGCCUCUCAACCUCAAGAUUCACAACAGUGUGGGCAGCUGUGAGAAUAUUCCAUCGCAAAGAUCCCCGCUUCUUUCUGAACGUUCCUUACGUUCAUUCUUUGUGGGCUACCCAUCUUUUCUUCCAUCCACUCCUCCUGUGCAUACUGAACCCUCUUCUGCUAACACACUGUCAGUGCCUCGCUGGUCCCCUCAGAUUCCACGCAGAGAUCUGGGAAACUCCAUCAAGCACAGGUUCUCCACCAAGUACUGGAUGUCUCAGACCUGCACUGUUUGUGGAAAGGGGAUGCUGUUUGGACUGAAAUGUAAAAACUGCAAGCUAAAGUGCCACAACAAAUGCACCAAAGAGGCCCCUCCGUGCCACUUACUGAUCAUCCACCGAGGAGCACGAUUAGUCCGGACAGAGUCUGUGCCGUGUGAUAUUAAUAAUCCUUUGCGGAAACCUCCACGUUAUUCGGAUCUCCAUAUUAGCCAGACCCUGCCUAAAACCAACAAAAUUAACAAGGACCACAUACCAGUGCCCUACCAGCCAGAUUCCAGCAGCAACCCUUCCUCUACAACAUCCUCCACACCGUCCUCACCAGCUCCCCCGCUUCCUCCCAGCGCCACCCCACCCUCUCCUCUCCACCCAUCCCCACAAUGCUCUCGCCAGCAGAAGUCGUUGAACAUGCCAGGGUCCAAUAGCACCUCACAUCCAUGUACCUCAAAUAUUUUACAAGGUCCACAUCAUUACAAAUACAAACAGCAGUUUAUAUUUCCAGAUGUUGUGCCUGAAAUCCCUACUCGUGCUCCUCAAGUAAUCCUUCAUCCAGUAAACUCCAACCCAGUUAAUGAAGGAAAUCCUGUACUUCAAAUUGAAGUGGAACCAACCUCUGAGAAUGAAGAUGGCAAUGAACGAGCAGAGGAGUCAGAGGACGACUUUGAGGAAAUGAAUCAUUUGCUGCUAUCAGCUAGAAACUUCCCUCGCAAAGCCAGUCAAACCAGCAUAUUCCUGCAAGAGUGGAAUAUCCCAUACGAGCAGUUGGAGAUCGGGGAAAUGAUUGGCAAAGGACGAUUUGGUCUGGUGUACCAUGGGCGUUGGCAUGGAGAAGUGGCUAUUAGGCUCAUUGAUAUUGAAAGGGACAACGAAGACCAACUGAAAGCCUUUAAGCGAGAAGUCAUGGCUUACCGGCAGACACGGCAUGAAAAUGUGGUUCUGUUCAUGGGAGCCUGUAUGAAUCCCCCACACCUAGCAAUUAUCACCAGCCUGUGCAAGGGAAGGACACUAUAUUCUGUAGUCCGAGAUGCAAAAACAGUCUUAGAUGUCAACAAAACCAGACAGAUAGCCCAAGAGAUUGUGAAGGGAAUGGGGUACCUGCAUGCCAAGGGGAUUCUACACAAAGACCUCAAAUCAAAAAAUGUUUUCUAUGACAAUGGGAAGGUGGUGAUCACAGACUUUGGCCUCUUCAGUAUAUCCGGUGUGUUGCAGGCAGGCAGGCGGGAGGAGAAGCUAAGGAUUCUUAAUGGUUGGCUGUGCCAUUUGGCUCCAGAAAUAAUUCGCCAAUUGUCUCCUGAUACAGAGGAAGAUAAACUACCGUUCUCCAAGCAUUCGGAUGUAUUUGCAUUUGGAACCAUAUGGUUUGAGCUGCAUGCCCGAGAAUGGCCAUUCAAGAGCCAACCAGCAGAGGCAAUUAUAUGGCAAAUAGGCACUGGGAUGAAGCCAAACCUCAGCCAGAUUGGAAUGGGAAAAGAAAUAUCGGAUAUUCUGCUGUUCUGCUGGGCCUAUGAUCAAGAAGAAAGGCCAACUUUCACCAAACUGAUGGAGAUGCUGGAAAAAUUGCCAAAGCGGAACAGGCGCCUCUCUCAUCCAGGCCACUUUUGGAAAUCAGCAGAGUAA